CUCGCUCUUCCACCAAGUUCCCUAGUUUAGGGUUUAUUCAGGGGAUUUCGGAUUCAGUACUUUCUGCACUGAAAGAAGCGUCCACUCCGAUGGCUAAACCCGCCCGAGGCCGCCCGGCGUCGCCGUCGGGCUCUUCCUCCCGCUCACGCUCAUACUCCGGUUCGGACUCCAGUUCGAGGUCGAGGUCGCGGUCCCGCUCUCGCUCGAGAUCCUUUUCCUCAUCUUCCUCUCCUCGCAGUGGUAGCUCCCGAAGCCCUAGUCCUGCUCCUCGGCGUAAAAGUCCUGUGGGAGGAGCGAGGCGAGGCCGCUCACCGCCACCACAAGCUAAGAAAAGUUCCCCACCACCAAGGAAAGUUUCUCCGGUUCCUGAAUCUCUUGUGCUGCAUAUUGACCAGCUUAGUAGGAAUGUCAAUGAGAACCAUUUGAAAGAAAUAUUUGGUAAUUUUGGUGAAGUUGUGAAUGUACGGCUAGCAAUUGAUCACAUUGUUAACCUUCCAAAAGGGUUUGCAUACGUUGAGUUCAAGAACAGGGCUGAUGCUGAGAAAGCCCAGUUAUAUAUGGAUGGUGCUCAGGUUGAUGGGAAAGUUGUUCGAGCCAAGUUUACAUUACCUGAGAGAAAGAAGGUUAGUUCUCCCCCUAAGGCUGCUGCCACCUCAUCAAGGAGAGAUGUUCCAAAAUCUGAUGACGCUGCACUAGAUGCUGACAAGGAUACGCCAAAACGUCCAAAAGAAGGGUCUCCUGGUAGGAAGCCCCCUUCGCCACCUCGAAGGAGAUCUCCUGUAGCGCGAAGAGGAUCUCCCAGACGGGAGUCAGAUUCUCCUGCUCCUCGAAGACGUGCUGAUUCUCCUGUUCGUCGUAGAGCUGAUUCCCCUUAUCGACGAGGUGACUCGCCGCCUCCAAGGAGAAGGCCUGCAUCCCCCCCCAGAGGCCGCUCGCCUUCCUCGCCACCAAGGCGAUUCAGGUCACCUCCCAGGGCGUCUCCCCGAAGGAUACGUGGUAGUCCUGUUCGACGUCGUUCUCCACUUCCACCUAGGCGACGUUCUCCAAGGCGUGCUCGAAGUCCUCCUAGAAGGUCUCCAGUUGGUCGUCGGCGUAGUCGCUCCCCCAUUAGGAGGCCAGCUCGUUCUCGAUCUAGAUCCCUGUCUCCGAGAAGAGGUCGGGGCCCCCCUGCCAGACGCGGUAGAUCAUCGUCUUAUUCUUCAUCACCUAGCCCACGCAGGGCGCCACGGAGGGUCUCGCGGAGCCGCAGUCCUAGAAGGCCAAUGAGAGGAAGAAGUCCCAGUAGCAGCAGCACCAGCGGUUCUCCUCCUCGUAAGACUUGACCGGGGAAAGUUGAGCAACCAACCAAGCACUCUUGUCAAUUUUCUAGUGUUCCUCGUGGCAGAGGGGACAUCGACUACUGAUGUUGGCACUAGAGUUUAUUGCUGUCUAAAGAUGUAUGUACUGUUUAAGGCUGAUAUAUCCAAUCAGACCGUUUUAGGUGACUCAACUGUGAACAUGUCUUGUUAAUGUUCUUGAAAUUGCUGUAAGAAUCUAUUGUUCUUUUCUGUAACUACGGCCAUCCAAUUGCAUCAAAAUUUAUGAGCAUUUAAAUGUCUGAUAGCAAUUGGGCUUAUUUAUGUU